CAGCAAUUUUUCUUUCGAGUUGACGACACGUCUCGCUCAUAUCGGCCUCUUCCCGCUCGCGCAUCUCGAACUCGCACACUUUUGCCAUCAGCUUCUCGUUUUCCUCUUCGAGGACUUUGCAUUUUUGGUCGAGGGCUUUUGUGCGUAGACGGUCUUCUGCAAAAACAGAAAAACUUCUUGAGAUGA